CAAACUCUGCCCGCCAUGUCUUCGCAAAAGAGAAGCACAAAUAAGACGAUGUGGCAUAGCCCGCUGUCAGCUGCUUCCCCACUGAGAAAGGAGCCAGGUGUCAGACUCGCUGCGGGCUGUGCACCCCAGAAGCAGCAGGCCAGAGGCCAGACUCCUUCCCGGAACGCCGGCUCCGUGCCUCUGGACAGCAUGCCCGCAGAAAUCUUGCUGAAGAUAUUUUCCUACCUGGAUGCUGUGGCCCUACUGUGUGCUGGAUGUGUGAACAGGCGCUUUUACCAUCUGGCCAGUGACAAUUUUAUUUGGGGAAAAAUCUACUCGGCCGCUUUUUCACCUAAAAGAUCUAAUUGGAGAGUGAGUUCGGUGGAGAAGACAGCGGCGCCCAUGAGCUUGCUGUCCCUGAAGGACAGAGAGGCCGGGCACUGGAAGAAGGAAUACAUCGCCAAACAAGUGUCAUCUGUGCAGGCAGCUCUCUCGCAGGCGCUCAAGCCCGUCAACCCCUACACAGGCCUGCCCGGGAAGACCAAGGAGGCGCUCAGAAUAUCUGGCUUGGGUUGGGUACUAGUACUGAAAGAGAAAAGCGGGAGAGAGCACAUCCUGGAGCACGUCGACCUGUCCAUCGACGACGCGUCCGUCACCAUCGUGUGGUACGGCAAAAACUGGCCGCAGCUGGCCACGCUGUCAACCGUGGAUCUGUGUGGCGUGACGCCGGUUUUCAUGGACCGCUCGAAACCGCCCCCCAAAACCGGCCCGCGGUGGCGCUCCCUGAUCGCCAAGUACGACCUGAGCUGCCUCAAGGCCGCCGCCACGCUGGGCUGUGACAGGCUCGUCCGGAUCUUCUGCCUGAAGCCCGGGCUCCUGGUGGGGCUGUGGAAGAGCGAGGAGGAACUGGCUUUUGUUAUGGCGAAUCUUCACGUCCAUCACCUUGUGGAGAGGAGCACGCUGGGCUCGGCCACCGUCCCUUACGAGCUGCUUCCUCACACCCCCUUUCUGGAUGACAGCCCGGAGUGCGGCCUGCACGGCUACCAGCUCCACGUGGACAUGCACAGCGGCGGCGUUUUCUACCUGUGCGGGACGUUUCGCAAUCUCUCCACCAAGAAAGGAUACAUCGAGAAUGGAUAUGUGAAGCUCAUUGUGAUCAGUGUCAAAAAUAACGCAGAGCACCUACCUCUGGUCGGAAAAGUCGGCCUCUCUUGGAAAACUGGCGUUCUGGAUGGCUGCGUAAAGAGUUGUUUUAUUAUGGACGUGACUCUGUUGGACGAGUGCGGGAAGCCCUUUUGGUGUGUCAGCUCCCCGGUGUGCAUGCGGCCGUGCCCCUCGCCCCCCGACGGGCCGCAUCUCUUGGGUCAGACAUACUGUGUUGACUACGCGGACGAGGACGGGCAGGUGCACGUGGAGCUGGUGUGGAUCGAAGAGACGCAGGAGCACUUCAUCGUCAGCCUGGUCCUGCACCUCAGCGCGGCCAAGAUAAACCGCUGGUUCGGGACAAAAUACUGAAUGUGCGCGGGGCGGCCCGGCGCGGCUGUUUGCUGCGGGCCAAGCAGCUCUGUUGUCGGUGUUGGAAGUUAAAAUAAAGGUCCCUUGAUGCCUGCUCAUUUCGUAUCCGUGAUUA